CAGAACCUUAUAGGACAAAAGACUAGCAAGGAGUCAAAGCUGAUAUCACAGACCAUACCGGUUGGCCCUCUGCUACCCGGAGAAGGGAGGGUGGAGUCGCUCCUCCGAGCCCCGCCCAGUCCAGCACGGACUAAACUGAGCAGGAACAGGCACCAGAAAGCAGGGACAGCGCGUGUCCCAGCACGUGUCCCAGCAGCUGACGUCUGUCUUCCAGCGCGCUCCAAGUCGCACCAUGCUCGCACUCCGAAGCAGCCUGAAGAGGAUGCUGGCCCCACAGGUUCUGGCGCAUCAGGUGUGCUCAUCUUUUACUGCUAGCCACAGACACCAAGAUGGAACGUUCUAUGAGUUUUGUACUUAUUACUUUAAACCCUCAAAUGUGGAAAAGUUCCUAAACAAUUUUAAGAAAAAUGUUCAUCUUCGGACAGCUCACUCUGAAUUGGUCGGAUUUUGGAGUGUAGGAUUUGGAGGCAGAAUAAACACAGUAUUCCACAUUUGGAAGUAUGAUAAUUAUGCUCACCGUGCUGCGGUUUACAAAGCCUUGGCCAAGGAUGGGGAAUGGCAAGAACGAUUCCACAUUCCAAGUUUGCCUUUGAUUGAUAAACAAGAGGUUGAGAUUACCUACUUGGUACCAUGGUGUAAAAUAAAAACGCCUCCCAAGGAAGGAAUCUAUGAACUGAAUACUUUUCAGAUGAAACCUGGUGGCCCAGCUCUAUGGGGUAACGCAUUUAAAAGGGCAGUAAAUGCCCAUGCUGAUCAAGGCUACGUUAAACUAAUUGGUGUGUUCCAUGCAGAGUAUGGAUUGCUCAACAGAGUUCACGUUCUGUGGUGGGCUGAGAACUUAGACACUCGGACAGCUGGGAAACAUCAAGCGCAUGAAAAUUCCAGAGUCGUGUCUUCUGUUCGGGAAAGUGUCAACUACCUGGAUACUCAGAAGAAUAUGUUCCUGAUUCCUUGGCCGUUUUCACCAUUGAAAUAGUUUCCUACCGAUGUUAGUAGCUGAUGUGAGAUGUGUCAGUGGCCAGUGCUUCAAUUCUCAAUAGGGAAUUAUUUCAACUUUUAUUUGAAGGAAGUGAAUACCUCCUCUGUAAGACAACCCUUUGUUCAAUGAGAUCAUAUUUCCAAGCUUGGGACCAUAUUUUUAAAUAAUUAAUAAAUACAUGAACUAUUUUAAUCUUG